AAUGAUUCUCCGAGAAUAUUCUAGCGUAUAUUUCGUCUUUCCCAUUGAUAAAGCCCCUGAUUGUCAAAAUUUAUUUUGGUUUCGUCACUUUAUUAUUGUGAUAAUUAAUUUUCAUUGUUUAGGAAAAAGAUCGAAUUAACUGGAAAAUACUCAUUUAAUAAUGCAGUGAUCAGUGUAAGAUCGUGAUUCAACUAGCAGCUAACAGUGCACAAUUGCAGGCAAUCAACCGGAUGACCUCGCCACCGCCACCGAAAGAAUGCACCAUCUGUCGGAAGCCGCUGAAGAGCCGCUCCAGUCGGCAUUAUCACGAACACUGCCGGAACCCGGAGCUGAAACCGUUCAAGUGUGACCACUGCGAGCGCACCUUCAGCACCAAAUCGCACAAGACAUUCCACGAAGAGACCCACUCGGGGCGACGACUGCAGUGCCCCCAGUGCGACAAGACCUACCAACACCAGCGCGAUCUUGAUCUUCACAAGAGGGAGCAUAAGGCGGCGGAGUCGUCGUCGGCAGUGGCUGCGGCGGCUAAGUGCAACAGGUGCGCGGAGCAAUUUGAAUCGCAGCAGGCGCUUAUUCAGCAUAAACGAGCGCAGCAUGUAGCGGCGAAGCGAUUUAAAUGUGAUCAAUGCGAGAUGACCUUCGGCCUGAAAGGCAACCUCACCAAGCAUGCCAAGAUUAUACACUCGAAGCAGAAGAUGUUUAAAUGCGAUCAAUGUGGGAAAGAGUUCUAUCGGAACAAUGCACUGAAGUUUCACAUGCUCAAUCAUCGAUCGAGAGAGUUUCAGUGCAAAACGUGCCAGAAAGAGUUUGUGGACGCGAGGAACCUGGAACGGCACCUGAAAACUCACGCGACUGAUAAGGAGUACAGGUGCGACAUCUGCGGAAUUUCUAGCUCCCGAAAGGACAAUAUCUUAAGGCACGCCAAGAGUUUCCAUCCGGAAUGUGAUAUUAGUAAGGUCGUACUUAAGGGUGAAAUCACCGAUCAGCUGAAUGCAAUCAAAAAAGAUGCCAAGCAAAGCAAUAGAUCGGUACCGAAGAAGACUGAUGAUGUGGUGCCAGCGGAGCCUCCAAUCUCCAACAGAGUCAGCGUAAUCAAGGUAGUGGGAAAACCAAAACCUCUCGCUCAACCUGAACCAGUUGUACCAACCGCAGCUCCCGAAGGCCUACCGAAGACUGAACCCCAGCCCAAAGCCCCUCCACCCAAGCUGGACCCCUUGGAAAUCUACCGUAAAAUUCUCAAACCGAGCAACGAUGACGACGACACCAACCAGGAAGGCGACAAUCGCGUCGAUAACAAUAAACCACCCUCGUCAUCGAGCGAUCGUCAGGUGAAAAUAAACAACCCUUCGACGCAGGCGUCGUCGGCCGUAUCCGUCAACAACAACAAUACAUCCACCGCCAGCACUAAUAAUUCUUCUAUAAAUAAUUUCACUGAAGUUCAUUGGCGAAAGCGCACCUCGCAGAUCUACGCCACCACCAAUUCGAAUCGGUGA